GUUGCAAUAACAGAACAUUCCAGAUACACUCACAACUCAAUAAAUAACACCAUCAUCUCUCUCCACCACGCUCACAACAAAACACUACAUUUCAUUUCAUUUCUCAUUUCAUUAUCAUUUCGCAUUUCCAUUCUCACGUGCGACGAUGCCGACACGUACAACAGGAGCAAUAGCACAAGACUGGGAACCAAUCGUGCUACACAAAUCAAAACCCAAAGCACAAGACCUUCGAAAUCCAAAAGCAGUGAACCAAGCUCUCCGAACCGGAGCCGAAAUUUUAACGGUUAAAAAAUUCGACGCCGGUUCGAACAAGAAAACCGCCGGUCCGGUUUUAAACGCGAGGAAAUUAGAUGAAGCGGCUGAACCAGCAGCGUUGGAGCGGGUUGGUGGGGAAGUGAGACACACGAUUCAAAAAGCGCGUUUGGAUAAGAAAAUGAGUCAAGCUGAGUUGGCAAAACAGAUUAACGAACGUGUUCAAGUUGUUCAGGAAUAUGAGAAUGGUAAAGCUGUGCCUAAUCAAGGUGUUUUGGCUAAGAUGGAGAGGGUUCUUGGUGUUAAGCUCAGGGGCAAAAUUGGAAAAUGAUGUUUAACUUUUUUUUAAUGCGUUUGUUUUAUAUGAUGAUGAUAUAUAAAUAAUUAAUAUAUUUAAAUUAUUU